AGAACGAGUAUAGUGCAAUAUGGAACACAAAGACGAGACUAGACAGAUGAGAGAAACCAGUAAUGAAGCUACAAUCAAGAUUGUUUUCGAUAAACUGGAUUCAAACCAUGAUGGUCACAUAACACCGGAAGAACUUAUGAAUGGUGGGAAGGAAGUUGGCAUCAAGAUUAAUCUAACGAGAGCAACAAAACUCAUUGACGAAAUAGACAAAGAAGGACAUGGUUUUGUGAACUUUGCUGAAUUCCGAAAAUGCAUGCAACAGGUAUUAGCAAAAAUUCAUAGAGACAAUGAAAUAUAUAAGAGAUCGUUUAAAAAGUUUGACGCAGAUGGAAAUGGUUUUAUUGAUAAAGAUGAGCUCCGACAGGUGUUAUGUGCCGGCGGUGGACGGAAAAUGUCGGAAGAGGAAGCUGAGGAAAUGUUUAACGAAGCGGAUAUAGAUCAAGAUGGCCAACUGACGUUCGAUGAAUUUGUUGACUAUUUCUGCCGGAUAUGAUUUGGAAGAUUAUGUUUGGAUACAAGGAGAAUCCAGUGAUCAAGCAAUUCUUGCAGCAAAGUUUGAACAAUCAUGAAAAGCACAUUAUUCGUCACACACAUACUUUAACAUGUUUCAUUUUUUCCGAUGUUGUAUGUUUUUUUUUUAUUUCGUUAAUGAACUUCAUGACAAGAGAAAUUGAUGUACAUGUAUGAACAGGUUUCAUGUAUUACCAAUAUAAACAAGAGGCAAAAUAGUUAUGAUAGUGUUGAUGACAUUUAUUUUGAUGUACAUGAUUUUAGUGAAUGUAUAUAGGUAACUCACAUUGUUAGAAACGGAUAUGUUUAUGUUUGCACUUAGUUUCCUGUUGUUCUUCAGCCCUUUUUUAUUCAUUUUUCCCCAAUAAAGCUAGUGCAACAAUAUAACAUA